AUGGCCAGCGCGACCCCUUUCCGCGACGAUGGGCCUACGCUCGAGGCUACCGAGGCAGAGCUGUCAAGGCUUCUCUCAGAAGAGAUAUCCGUCCAGACCGAGCUCGACAAGUUCAAGAGCAAGGUUGCAGAGCUCGAAAUCAGGCGAACAAAUGUGGGCAAGGAGUGUCAUCACCUCACCCGCAUCGUCGCUGAGAAGCUCUGCCGCAAAUUCGUCGACAAGUUCCACACCACUCUACCACCAGAGCUCCGCGAGAUGGUCUACGACUACGUCUGGGAUGAGCCCAUGCUCAGGCUGGUCUUCCAUGACGUGACCUUGAACGAGAAGACUUCGAACACUAGGGGUUUCCCACGGUCCCGCGCGUUCACUGGUCGUCGGGUGCGAGACAAGAUCAAUUUGGCGCCUUGGUCCGUACCCUGCAGGGGAGACAGCUGUCGUUGUUUCCAUUGGUGGGAGCUUCCACUCUGGGUCCAGCACCAGUAUGUGGGAAUGGACGUCGCCGUGGAAGUCGCCAAAGCAUACUAUCGCAACAUGUCCGGCCGUCAGUUGAAUGCUUAUCACCUCCACGAACUAACCGACUUCCUGUCUGAAGAUCACUUCCACCUCGGCGUCAAACCUCUCGACCACAUUCGCCGUCUAGAGCUCUCUUUGGAGGAGUACGCUUUCCUUCAAGACGAGGGCCAAAUGGAACACUCUAUUCAGACCAAAAAUGGCCAAGACAUCUUCCAGCACUGUUUCGAAGGGCUCUUGGACGUGCGUGUCAAGAAGGGUUUCCACCUGACGAUCAAGCUCCAAUGGGACGGUGAUCACAUCUACUGUAUGCCGGCUCUGGAGCGCUCCCUCAAAGUGGUUCACACGUUGAUGAAGGAAGGCGCUAAAGUCACUGUGCUUGCUUUUGAGAUGAACUACCGCAAAGAGUACAACGUCUCAGAUUACUACGCACUUUCGCAGGAAGACUGGCAGGCAAAGUGGAUAAAGAGGAUGCGAAAAGCCCUUCGCCUCCAGCGCCGUCCUCCUGCCUCCCUCAGCGACUCUAUGAUGGCGUUUAUUCAUGGUCACUCUGGUACUGAUAUUGACAUCCUUGACGAAGACCUCGUGGGCGAUUCACAACAAGAUAGGUCGGAAGACGAUGCGUUUGUGAGGGCUAUGGCCGGCUUGAAAGCUCCUCCCGACCCGAGCGCUCUUCUUUUUCCCAUGUGA